CCGCCGGACGGUUUUAUAUCGUUAUCGUCCAUCGUUGAAGUGAUACCGUUAUUUUCGUGGCUGGUGAAGUGAGUGUUGGACACUAACGGGAUUCCCUGUGAAUUCAUUGAAGCAGACACAACAAGCGAGAGGAAGAAACCCUGCACGCGAGCGCUGUGUGCUGGUGUGUUAUCGCCGUAGCACCAUCUUCGACAUCAUCACCGCGUGGUGCGAUACACGGGUUCAGCUGUACCGAACGAUCAACACGCAGCACCGUUAUAAAUAAUCCGCACUGUUUAUUUCGGAUUGCAGGCAUGGAUAAUAUCCGGAGUAUAUAAAACAAUCACAAUGGAAUCUUGCGGAGUGACCGUAAUACCGGAAGCUGUAAACAUGUGAUCGAACCUCAUAACACAAAAUCAAAGUCAACUAAGUAGUUUCAAAAAUUAUACCAAUCAAGAUCUUCAUGAAAAACACCUACUUGCUGAAAAAAUUAAAACUUACCCAACUCGCACAACAUCUGUCAAAUCAGCAGAAUUUUUUCCGAUGACUCCACGCGCCUGUAACAUGUGUACGAAGGAUUGCUACAAAGUUUUCGGCUACUUCCUGGGAUUCAUGUGGAUUAUAACGUGCUUCUACUAUACGAUGGAGACCAUGGAGCUGUUGAAGUUGAUGAAACUACAAUGCUCCGAGCGUAGUGCUGCGAUGCGGCUUCAGUUCGACGACGAACUUGUGUCCAAAGUUUGUGAGUUCUACUCCCAUUUGGGCAAUUUUCUACCGUAUCACGUGGUCACCACACUGAUAAAAAUGCUUCCAGGAAUGAUACUCAUAAUUGGAAUAUACACGAAUAACAUAACAUUGCUGAAGGUUUUUGUUGCCUACGCAUUUUUAGAAGAAAUAUUUUUCAUUGUUGUUUUUUCCAAAAUCUUUACGCUUAUAAACAUCGAGGGUGGAAUGAGUGCAUGGUUCUUUUGGAUAUUGGCGUUUUCCUGUGCUAAAAUAAUAUUUGGUAUUUGGAUUAUACUUGGAGUCUUUGCGGCCAUUGGCGAUAACAGAAGAACCAUCCCUAGAUAUGUGUGAAGAGCUUCGGAUUGAUUGAGAAACCAUUUUGCUUGAAUCUUUGGAAAGACGUCAUAAUGAAUUAUUUAUUUGCCUAUAAAUACAAAUUAACAACUGUAUUAACAAUAUUGCAAAAUAAUAGCUUAUUCG